AUGGCAACUCCGGCAAAUCUCUUGCGGCGUGCUGGAACCGGAGAUUGCAUCAGAGUUAAGGGUCUCUUGGCCCCAGUGGCUAGCAGCAACCUCGCCAGGUCGGGCAUUUCUAAAAGAGCGGCCGCCUGCUCUCCGUCCUCUCUAUCCUCCUCUCCAUCGCCAGCCUUGCAGGUGUCUUGCCCCAAUGCGGUUCGCAGAUCAUCACGGCCCUUUUCCAGCACAUCGCCUACCCGAUUGGCGAAGCUUACGACUGAGACGUAUCCUACCUUGGCACGAGAUGCCAGGUUUGCCAAGCUGACGCCAGAACAUGUGGCCUUUUUCAGGGAACUGCUGGGCCAGGACUCGGCCGUGAUUGACGGAGUCAAUGCUGAUGCUGCGGCUGACAUGGAGCCAUUCAACGAGGACUGGAUGCACAAGUACAAGGGGCAAUGCAGCCUCGUGCUGAAGCCAGGGUCAGCCGAGGACGUGAGCAGAAUUCUGAGAUACUGCACUGAAAACAUGCUUGCCGUAGUUCCCCAGGGCGGGAAUACCGGUCUUGUGGGCGGUUCGGUUCCCGUGUUUGACGAGAUUGUCAUCAGCUUGGCUAGAAUGAAUAAGAUCCAUUCGUUUGACGACAUGAGCGGCUCUCUUGUUCUUGAUGCUGGGUGCAUCUUGGAAGUGGCGGACCAGUACGUUGCGCAAAGGGGCUACAUCUUCCCCUUGGACCUAGGGGCCAAAGGUUCUUGUCAUGUCGGCGGCAAUGUCUCGACGAAUGCGGGAGGUUUGCGCCUCCUCCGUUACGGGAGCCUUCAUGGGACUGUUCUGGGCAUGGAGGUUGUCUUGCCGAACGGCACCAUCAUGGACGAUAUGUGCACGCUGCGAAAGAACAACACAGGAUAUGACCUGAAACAACUGUUCAUUGGGGCGGAAGGUACGCUGGGCAUCAUCACCAAGCUGGUCGUUCAGUGCGCUCAGCGUUCGCCUGCUGUCAACGUGGCUUUGUUCGGUUUGGAAUCUUACGAGAAGGCCCAGAAGGCUUUUCGGGAGGCGAAGCUCCAGCUUUCCGAGAUUUUGUCGGCGUUUGAGCUCAUGGACGGGACAAGCCAGCGACUUGUGCACAAGGUUCGCGGCGGCACAAAGCCGUUGGAAGGUGACUAUCCCUUUUACUGCCUGAUUGAGACGAGUGGUUCCAAUAGCGACCACGAUUACGACAAGCUGGAAAAGUUUUUGGAACAUGUCAUGUCAAGUGAUAUUAUUGCCGAUGGCGUGGUCGCCCAAGAUGCCACACAGAGCAAAACACUUUGGAGCUGGCGUGAAGGCAUCACCGAGUGUAUCGGGCACUGGGGGGGUACCUACAAGUACGACGUUUCCAUACCCUUGUCGGACAUGUAUUCCAUCGUCGACGACGUCAAGGCAAGGCUAUGCAAGGCUGGUCUCCUCGGCGACACCGUCCAGCACCCAGUCGUCGAUGUCGUCGGCUAUGGCCACAUGGGUGACUCAAACCUCCACCUUAACAUUUGUGUGCGCAAAUACACCAAACAAGUGGAAGAGGUUUUGGAGCCGUACAUUUACGAGUGGAUCAAGAAACGGCAAGGCAGUAUCAGUGCUGAGCACGGUCUUGGCCUGGCCAAGAAGAAGUAUAUCGGAUACAGCCGGAAUGAGACCAUGAUUGGUCUCAUGAAGCAGACCAAAGCGCUGUAUGAUCCGAUGGGUAUUAUGAACCCCUACAAAUACAUCUAG